UUCGUUCAUGCUCAACGCCGAAAUCAAAAUAUUUCCAUAGGCAGGGGUUGAACCUCAACCCUCGGACUUGAUAUCAUUUUAAAACUUUUUUUUUUAAAUUAACAUCACACCCAGGAUGGCUGGUUUACCUCCGGGUGACCCUCAGCUGGUCGCUAUGAUCGUAAAUCAUUUAAAAACACAGGGACUGUUUGACCAGUUCCGGAGAGACUGCUUGGCGGAUGUGGAUACGAAGCCUGCGUAUCUGCACCUGAGACAGCGAGUGGACAACUUUGUGUCAAAUCACCUGUCGAACCACACGUGGAGUCCUCAACUGAACAAGAACCAGCUGAGGAACAGCAUCAGGCAACUCGUGCUGCAGUCAGGUUUGUUGGAGCAGGGUGUAGAUCGGAUUGUAGCGCAGGUCGUGGACCCCAAAGUUCAGCACACCUUCCGGCCACAGGUGGAACGUGUUGUGCGUCAGUUCCUGUCUCCUGGCAACCACGUGGAAGAGGAGGAGCCUCCACAUACCCUCCUCCAGAUGGUGGAAAACCAGGAAGUUCAGCUGCCAUCUCCAGCGGUCUCCUCGGUGCUGGUCUCAGACUCCGCCCCCUCUCAGAGCCACGAUCCCGCCAUUCUAAAUGAACAGGACGGAGGCGAGGAAGACAUGAACCUGGUAGAGGAGGACGAGAAGGAAGCGGAUUGGACAAAGGCGGAGGAGGAGCAGGAAGAGACGCUCGGAGAGAACGAAGAUGAGACGAGUAAAGAGCGAGAGAAGGAGGAGGAGAGACAGAAGGAGACGAUGGAGGUGGAUCAACAGACAGAGGAGCCUGAGGAGAUCAAGAAAGAGGAGGAGGAGGGAGAAGAGCGAGAGGAGGGGAAGGAAAAGAAAGGAGAAGACGCCAAAGAUAAGAAAGGGUCGGGGAAGAACAGGGAGGAGAGCAGCACCGAUAACAAACUGCACAUUCGCCAGAAAGCGAGAGAACGACUGAAAGAAGAAUACUCUCUGGAGGACUCCGAUCUGGAGGGUUUGAGCGACAUCACGGUGAGUUCAGUCCACACGAGCGACCUUUCGUCUUUUGACGAUGACAGCGAAGACGAGGAGCCUCCUUCCGAAUCCACCGAGGAAGGAGAGAUCACUUCAGAAGAUGAAAAGGUCCACAAGAAGGCUCCCGGAGAGGAAUCUGAUGAAAAUAAGGAGAAAAAACCUCGUGGUUCCCGCCAAGGCUACAUUCACAAGCCUUUCCUUUACUCCCGUUACUAUAGCGACUCUGAUGACGAGGUGACAGUAGAGCAGCGACGUCGUUCUGCUGCGAAGGACAAAGAGGAAAGACUGCUGAAGCGGCAACAGAACCGGGAGCGUCUUGAGGAAAAGAGGAGGCAGAAGGCGGCGCAGGCAGAGCUCCUGGCAGAAAAGGAGAAGCAGGAGGUUCAGAGACCGCAAGCAAAAGAAGCACGGAAAGAAAAGAAAGUUCUGGAAAAGAAAGUAGCACUCAGCAGAAAGAGGAAGAGAGACUCGCGGAAAGAAGACGACCCUGGCAGCAAGAAGAAGCAUGACGGAGAUCCUGAACCCGUAAAGAAAGACGAUACAGUCAAGUCAAAAGCAAUCUCUCAGAAGCUUGUGAAGAAGCUGUCUGAGGAGGAGCAGAGGAGGAGGAAGAGCAUUUCAGAGGAGUCAAGCGAGCCACGCAAAAUCGUUGACAAAAACCGAACACACUCGUUCAUCCUGGACCUGGAGCUGGGAACCGAGGAGGCGCUCAGACAGAGAGGUGCUGGGAAGAACGAGCGACAUGCUCGCAGAGAGAAAGAGCGAAAAGAGAAUGAGCGAGACCGUGGUGUGUCAGACGAGCGAGCCAGGUACAAACAGAAGCCAGAAAGUAAGAAAGGAGGAGAGGCUGUGGCAGAGGAGAAGGAGGGAGGGCUGAUGAAAGGUGCAGUUGAUGACAAAGUAGAGAAAAAAGGGUCAAAGGUUAAAGGAGAGAAGAAGGGCUCAGUCUCAGCAAGGGAGGGAAGACUUUCUGCGAUGGAGGUAUCAGCCCCAGAGGAAGGAACGACCAAGGAUUUGAAAAAAGAAAAGAUGCCCUCAGAGGCUAUGAAAGAAAAAAUAAAAGGAGAGAAAUCACUGGGCAAGAUUGACCCGAAACAGCAGCAUCGUCUGGAUUCCACUGGCUCCACAGAGGAGAGGUCCGAAGGCGAGGCUGCUUCUGACUUCAACCGGAAGAAAGACAAGCAAGCUAAAGACAUUUUGAAAAGGUCAAAAAGUCACUCUGAUGUUAAAUCUCUCGAGAAGGUCAAGGUUAGGCAAGAUGGCAAAGAUGUAGGAGCCGGGAGUAAAGACAAGAGCUCCGGCUCAGAGGCUCCCAAACAUGGCUCAGAAACAAAGGUCAAGAAUUCAGAGGCAGGUCUAAAGGUCAAAUCUGUGUCAGAAAAAACAAGAUCCAAGCCUCGAGACGACUUAAAAUCUCAGAGUCCUUUAGGGACAAAGACAGACAAGAAAGCUCAAGGUCAAGAAGCCAAGGCUAAAGCAGGAGCUGGUCCGAGCAAGUUGGAGUACUCCAAAGAGAAGAAAAAGGAGGGAGUGACGAAAGACGACAGGAGGGUCACAGAAGACCGUGUUGAGAAAGGGAAGGAUGCAAAGAGCAUCAAGAAAACCAGUGAGAAGAAGACAAAAGAGUCAGAGAAGAAGGGAGGAGAUGGCGAGAACGAAAGGAGAAUCUCGGAAGCGGGUGAUCUUUCUUCCGGUUCCUCUGUUCCGACGGCAGUUGCCGAAGAAGUACGGACCGAAGGAGGAACGGCUUCUCAGCCUUCAAACGCUCAAGUGCAACAAGCUUCAGAGUCCCUCACAACUUCUGACUUGACAACUCAAGUCUCAGAUUCGCUUGGCGAAUCGGAUCGCAAAACCCCACAGGUCUCGGAGUCCGUUCCAGAGUCUCGUGUCUCGACCCCACAGGCCUUGGAUUCUGCUGCAGAGUCCGAUUCCACAGACCAAUCCAUCUCGGAGUCUCUUCGGAAGUCUGAUCUUAGUUCAGAUUUACAAGCUAUGGAUACAGAGUCAAAUCUUGCAGCCUUACAAUCCAUAGAUGUGGACUCUAAUCUUAGAGCCCCACAAGCCAUGGAUACAGAGCCUGAACCAACAGCACCACAAGCUAUGGAUAUACAGCCUGAUCUUACACCACCACAAGCCAGUGCUGCAAAAUCUGAACUCGCAUCACCACAUGUCUUUGAUGCACCUACAGAAUCUUCUGAAAAAGAAAAAAGUCAACCUACGGAGUCGGAUCUUGAGCUUACACUACCACGGUCCUCGGAAUUAAUUUCGGUAUCUGAGUUUACGGUCCCUCACCCUUCAGAUUCGCAUGAAAAGUCUGAUCUCAUGAAUCCGAACUCCUCAGAGCCUAAUUUCACAGUUCCUGAAACAUCAGACUUAAAAUCAGAUGCAGACCUUGCGCUUCCUCGAUCCGCCGACUCAAUUCACCCAGACUCCGUCCCAGAGUCUGAUCUCACGGUUGCCCAGCCCUCAGACUCGAUCCCACCAUCUGAAUUCACGGUCCCUCAGGGUUCUGACACGCUUCCUAAUCCAGUUCCUGCUGACACUAACAGCACCUCUGUCCCUGAUGACAUGUACGAUGCCCUCAGUGACAUCACUCCAGAUCCUGACGACGAGGAGGAGGCCAGCAUGAGGCUGACCGAGAGCCAACCUCAGCCUCGUCCCAUCCCAGCAGAGGCAGACGCCCUUCUGUCCUUGAUGGAUGUCUGUGCUUCUGCAGCUGUAAACAACUCUGCCGGUGUGACCGAUGGACAGGAAGCUGAGAGUUCGUUCUGGGAUGCGGACAUGAAGAUGAAGGAAGCGGCGCUCACGUUACUCUCCAUGGAUCCAGAUCAGGCAGUUUCACCAAGUUUUAUCGCUGAAGACGCACAUGUUGCGGAGCAGCAGAUGGAGUCUUUGCCCUCAGACCUGGUUGCUGUGACAAGCGCGAUCGAGCCACCUAAAAAAGAGACAAAUGAAUGUGAAGGCGAAUCUUCUGCUCAUGACUUGAAGGAAGGCGACAAACAUACUGAAGCUCUAGCCAGCAUAGCCAUUGAAAGAAGGGCAGCAGACACCGUGUCGAAAGAGGAAGCAACGUCCGAGAUCAACAAUGGUGAAACUGAAUCAACCGCAAAGUCUGACGACGCUGAAGCAGAAAUCUCUGCGAAUGAUGAACCAGCAGGAGAAUCCGCUGAGAUUGAUGCCGAUCAAGUUGACAUACACACUCUGAGUGAAAGUAUACACACAGCUGAGGGCACAAAGGAGUCCCAGGCACAGGAGUCCCAGGCGGUUCGAACGCAGGAAGCAAGCGCACAGGAGCAAGAGGCCCAGAAGCAGGAGCUCCAAGCCCAGGACGUCCAGAUGCAAGAAGCAGAGGAGCACGAGGCGCAGAACCAAGAUGUGCAGAGACAAGACGCAGAGGAGCAGGAGGCGCAGACACAAGAGGGAGAGGAGCAGGAGGUGCAGACCCAGAACAUGCAGACGCAAGAGGCGGAGGAGCAGGAGGUGCAGACGCAAGAGGCGGAGGAGCAGGAGGUGCAGACGCAAGAGGCGGAGGAGCAGGAGGUGCAGAUGCAAGAGGCAGAGGAGAAGGAGGCGCAGACGCAAGAGGCAGAGGAGAAGGAGGCGCAAACCCAUGAUUUGCAGACGCAAGAGGCAGAGGAGAAAGAGGCGCAGAUGCAAGAGGCAGAGGAGAAGGAGGCGCAAACCCAUGAUUUGCAGACACAAGAGGCAGAGGAGAAGGAGGCGCAGAUGCAAGAGGCAGAGGAGAAAGAGGCGCAGAUGCAAGAGGCAGAGGAGAAGGAGGCGCAAACCCAUGAUUUGCAGACACAAGAGGCAGAGGAGAAGGAGGUGCAGAUGCAAGAGGCAGAGGAGAAGGAGGCACAAACCCAUGAUUUGCAGAUGCAAGAGGCAGAGGAGAAGGAGGUGCAGAUGCAAGAGGCAGAGGAGAAGGAGGCGCAAACCCAUGAUUUGCAGACACAAGAGGCAGAGGAGAAGGAGGCGCAGAUGCAAGAGGCACAGGAGAAGGAGGCGCAAACCCAUGAUUUGCAGACACAAGAGGCAGAGGAGAAGGAGGCGCAGAUGCAAGAGGCAGAGGAGAAUGCGGCACAGAUGCAAGAGGCAGAGGAGAAGGAGGCACAAACCCAUGAUUUGCAGACGCAAGAGGCAGAGGAGAAGGAGGUGCAGAUGCAAGAGGCAGAGGAGAAGGAGGCGCAAACCCAUGAUUUGCAGACGCAAGAGGCAGAGGAGAAGGAGGCGCAGAUGCAAGAGGCAGAGGAGAAGGAGGCGCAGAUGCAAGAGGCAGAGGAGAAGGAGGCGCAGAUGCAAGAGGCAGAGGAGAAGGAGGCGCAGAUGCAAGAGGCAGAGGAGAAGGAGGCGCAGAUGCAAGAGGCAGAGGAGAAGGAGGCGCAGAUGCAAGAGGCAGAGGAGAAGGAGGCGCAAACCCAUGAUUUGCAGACGCAAGAGGCAGAUGAGACGGAGGCGCAGAUGCAAGAGGCAGAGGAGACGGAGGCGCAGAUGCAAGAGGCAGAGGAGACGGAGGCAAAGAUGCAAGAGGCAGAGGAGAAGGAAGCGCAAACCCAUGAUUUGCAGACGCAAGAGGCAGAGGAGAAGGAGGCGCAGACCCAGGAUGUGCAGACGCAAGACACGGAACAGAAGGUGCAGACCCAGGAUGUGCAGGCGCAAGAGGCAGAGGAGGAAGUGCAGACGCAAGAAGCAGAGGAGCAGAAGGCACAGAUGCAAGAAGCAGAGGAGCAGAAGGCACAGAUGCAAGAGGCAGAGGAGCAGAAGGCACAGAUGCAAGAGGCAGAGGAGCAGGAGGCGCAGAGGCAAGAGGCAGAGCAUGAAGCACAGACCCAGGAGGCACAGAUGCAAGAGGCAGAGGAGCAAGAGGCAGUGGAGAAAGAGGCGCAGAUGCAAGAGGCAGUGGAGAAAGAGGCGCAGAUGCAAGAGGCAGUGGAGAAAGAGGCGCAGAUGCAAGAGGCAGUGGAGAAAGAGGCGCAGAUGCAAGAGGCAGUGGAGAAAGAGGCGCAGAUGCAAGAGGCAGUGGAGAAAGAGGCGCAGAUGCAAGAGGCAGUGGAGAAAGAGGCGCAGAUGCAAGAGGCAGUGGAGAAAGAGGCGCAGAUGCAAGAGGCAGUGGAGAAAGAGGCGCAGAUGCAAGAGGCAGUGGAGAAAGAGGCGCAGAUGCAAGAGGCAGUGGAGAAAGAGGCGCAGAUGCAAGAGGCAGUGGAGAAAGAGGCGCAGAUGCAAGAGGCAGUGGAGAAAGAGGCGCAGAUGCAAGAGGCAGUGGAGAAAGAGGCGCAGAUGCAAGAGGCAGUGGAGAAAGAGGCGCAGAUGCAAGAGGCGCAGACGCAAGGGGCCGAGGAGAAAGAGGCGCAGACGCAAGGGGCCGAGGAGAAAGAGGCGCAGACGCAAGGGGCCGAGGAGAAAGAGGCGCAGACGCAAGAGGCAGACGAGAAAGAGGCGCAGACGCAAGACAUGCAGUUGCAAGAGGUGGAGGAGCAGGAGGCGCAGAGGCAAGAGGCGGAGGAACAGGAGGCGCAGACACAGGAUGUGCAGACGCAAGAUGCAGAGGAGCAGGAGGCGCAGACGCAAGAUGCAGAGGAGCAGGAGGCGCAGACACAAGAGGCAAAGAAGCAGGAAGCACAGACACAGGAGACUCAGAUGCAUGACGCAAAAGUGCAGGAAAUGCAGGAGUCCCGAGAGCAGGGGACAUGUGUGCAGGAGGCAAAGACACAAGAGACACAAGUGCAGGAAGCGAAAGCCCCAGAGGCCCAGGUGCAGGAGGAAAAAACCCAGGAGGUGCAAAUCCAGGAGGCACAGACACAGCCGGCACGGAGAGGGCGACGUCCUAAAUUAGUUAAACAAGCCAGUAGUGCAUCUAAAUCAGAUGGACAAGAAGAGGACAAAUCUGAUGUGUCAGAAGUGGAUGAGCGUCUAGAAGGCAGAGUGACCCGUAAAGGACGAUGGUCCAGUCAGAGAGCAGCGCCAGCCAAGGAAACGGCAACCAAAGCUCAAACCAGUCAGGAGGCCAAAGACACAGGGACGAACAAGCCAUCGCAUAAAAAUAGUGAGGAUGAGGAGGUUGAAGAAGGAAGCAGAACUACACAGAAAAGAUUGUCUAAGGACCCAGAUGCGUCACAGAAAAAAGAUUCAUCAAAGCCUGAAGAAGCAGAGCCAACAGGAGAUGAAGUGGAGCAAAAAGAGGUGCGUCGGGGAAGGCGUUCUGGAGUUCAGACAGCCGCUGCGGCUAAACCAGCCUUGAGGAGAAAGAGGUCUGACCAAGCUGAGGAUCCUGAGAAAGUGGGAAAAGAACUUGCAGCUGAGGAGAAGGAAGAGGAGCCUGUGAAGAGAGCGCGACAAGACAGCGAGAGUGUGACUGAGGAAGAAGACGAGAAAAAAGAGGAGGACCACGAACAGAAGGCUGAGGAAGAGGAACCAGUGAGAAAGACUCCACGCCGAGGCAGAUCCUCAAAAAACACUUCUAACCUCGACGACUCGGCCUCCGAGAAGAGAGAGGGAGAGACGGAGACCGGAGAAGAGGACGAAAAACAGGAAGAGGAGGAAACGAAAAUGCGAGCCACAACACGUUCCGCGUCUCGGCUGGAGGCUGAGAAAAAUAAGCCAAGUAAGCCAUCAACCAGAGCAGUGAGCAAACUGAGUGGGAAAGAUGAGAGCUCUCCAACUACACGUUCGUCUCGUUCUCACAGUGCCGCUGCAGGAAAGGGCCGUAAGGGCGAGUCGAGUCCUCCAACACCUCGGACCCGCGCCGGCCACAAAACCGAAGAACCACCUUCCAAGAGAACCAAACGAUGAUGUGAAUUUCUGUAUAUUCUGUAGCCUAGUCAGCUUUAUGUUAAUACGUAUUCCUUGUUUGGUGCAAACAGAGUGGCUCUGUGUGGCUCUUUCACUGGAAUGACAUCAUCGUCAUCUUCAUUUACCACGAUCACUCCCAGCUGCAGAUGUCACACAGAGACGUGUUUUCACCUCAGUGACACACUCCUCCCUUUUCAGCAGGAUUGUGGGCAAGCAGUAAGUCGUUGUAACCAGCUAACAUUGGCGUUUCUGAGCAGUACUGAAUCGUUUUUAACGGCGUCAUGUUUGUCUAUUUACUUCUUGUGUACAGUUUAUCUCAACGUUCUGCAAUAUUUUGAGCUCAAGACAUAUAUAUAUUUGCAGAAAGUUGUGGAAGAACAACAUUCUGCUUCCUUAAAGUACAAACCCAAUGUUCUGGAAUGCAUUUUCAGAAAGUUCUAGAAGUCGGACCGGCCUUUUUUCUGUACAGGACGCAAUGUAUUUUGUAUUUUAUUUUAUCCCCCCCAAAGAUAAACGCUCGAAACAGGAGAUGCCAUUAUUGCCGAGGUCAAAUAUGCUGUGCUUUUUGCUACAGAAUUCCAAAAACUAUCACAGUUUCUGCUUUUCCUGUUGGACAACAUGCCCUAAAAUGUGUUUGUGUUUUUUUUUUUUUUUUCAUUAAUGCGUAGAACCAGAAGGCACUUUGCUUUUGUUGCAGGACACAAUCUGUUGUGCUAGAUUGCUAAAAUCAGAGCAUGCUCUUAUUACUCUCUGUUGGAGUCUGGAGUGUUCUGUAAUCCAUUUUCAGAACGUUCGAGAACCAUCAUCACAUGAUCUGAGGUCAAACCUUUAGGUUCUGGAUCCAGAAAGCUCUAGAGUUCCAAGAACACAAAGACACUUUGCUUUCCCAGUUGGAAAACAUGAAGAGCAUGUUCCAAAGCUCUCUAAAAUGAGCUCUUCAAUAUAUUUCUGAAAGAACCACCCAGGGGUUUCACCUUGUGAAAUAGUGGAAGUAGAAAUGGAUAAACGAAGAAAAUGAUGUGGGGAAAUGUGCUCCAGCCAUUGGUUCUUUUUCAGAACAGGUAUCCGUUGUGGACGUGUUUUAAAAUGGUGUUAAAUUUUCACGCUGAAAGGAACUCUGCGAUUAGACGUGUCAAUAAUCAGCGACACAAUAUUCAGAUAGAACAUUUGGGAACGUUGGAUUCCCCCUCCGAAAUCUAGCAAGGUACAUAACACUUUGGUCAUAUCAUAAUCCUUGGGGGGGGGGGAAACAUUGGUGAACCUUGGGAAAUGAUUGUGAUAGGAACAAAUAGCUCAAACAUUCAAUACAGGUUCUAUCUAGAUAACACGUAGAUGGUGUAAUCAACAUGUUGCUUGUUGCACACAGUGAAAAAAUGUUUAGUUUUAUGAUGUAUCGUUUUAUUGUGUAUUUCCUGAGCCUGCUCGUGUGUUCAGUUGUAUGUGUGCUGAUCUGUUGGCGUGUUCAACAUGAAGACACUCAUUCUGUGAAUGUAAAGAACUGCGCUAUUUCUUUUAUACAUUUUAGCUUUUAUUAUAAAGGCCACUGGGACCA